AAUAAAAUAAUUACUUAAUUCUAUUACAGACACGAAUACUAUCACCUAUCUUAAACCAAACCCAGCACUCUGCUCGGCUGCGUUGUCUGCUCUUGGAGUCGGACCAAACUAUUAAAAAAGAGAGAGAGAGAGUUCCAAUUGCUGCUGAUCAACCACCAACGAGAGUCUCUGCAAAAUCUCGCGUAAAUAUUUGCCCUCCUCCGACCACGUUUUCCCUCUGUAAUUAUCUCACUUUCUUCCCCAUCUCCGGAGAUUGGGCAAUUUCUGCUCUACGAGUCGAGAAAGAGACGGGACGAGCUUUAGAGGCUGCAAGUUAGUUUCUUUUUGUGGGUUCUUCAGCUACAUCCGCUUCGUAUUCACUGCUUUUUCGGAUUUUUAACUUCUGGGCAUUAGCUUCCCAAUUUGGCAUGUCGGCAUGGUUGAGAACCUUGUACCUCGUGAAUUUUGCUGUUCACUUUCGCCAUAGUUGAGUGUUGUGGUCAGACAAGUUGUUUUGGAACUGUAACUGUAGAACUGGAAAGGCCUUUGCUUGGAGAUAUCCUGAGUUAGAUUUCGUGAGCUAAUGAAUAGGCUAGGAUGAUUUUGUGAAUGAAGUUUGACCUUCAUCAGGUAACAUUUCUUUGCUUGAAAAGGUUGUGUUUUUUUUUUCUCCUUAUCGCUUUCGGUGUUCUUUAGUCUUGCUCCUUCAUUCUAUGUGAAUGCAAAGACCACUGAGUAAGAUUAUGAGUUUCGGCAGGCUGACUCUUUUGUUUUUUAGAAAUGCCGGGUGCAAAAGGGAUAGUAACCUUAUUUUUCCCCAACUCGGUAUUGCUGUUAUUUACUUGCAUUGCAUCAUGGUCAAGAUUGCUCAUUUCCUUCUUUGUGAAUCAUAGAUCUUGUAUGAUAUUUAGAUGAUGAUGGUGGGUUAUUCUGGCUUUGGUAACAGGCAGUGGGAAGAUUGGGUUUUGACAAAAAUGUGAACUCAACGAAGGUACUCACAUGAUUUGGACAAACUGGCAGAGUAUGAACUACAACUGUUCCCCUGAUUGUGGUUUAUUCUGGUAUCGAUGAUAGACUUUGGAGGAUUUGGCUAAGCUGAAAAGAAUUUCGUGCAGAAUUUUGAGGAUGAAUUCCACAAUGGAUGGCAUGAACUUGAUUCAGCAAGCUCAAAGACAUCACUUAGUGGUCAGGGAGCUCGGUGAGGAGAUUGAUUUGGAAAUAAGUCAUGGGGAUGAUGAUCCUUCAUUCGCUAGUACCCCUCUAAUUGGCAGCGGGUCCACUAGAGAACCUUCUUCCGAGGAACCUGAGGAACCUAAGGAGUUGACAAUGGAUUCUCAACUUCCCUCUGAAGAUCAAGAUUUGUCAAAGAUGCAACCAGCAAAAAGAAAGAAAAAGGUUGUCAAGAGAUGGAGAGACGAAUGGGCUGAUACAUACAAAUGGGCAUAUGUGGACGUAAAGGAAGGAACCGCGAGGAUUUUAUGUUCAGUAUGUAGAGAGUAUGGUAGAAAGCACAGAAGGAAUCCAUAUGGGAAUGAAGGAAGUAGGAACAUGCAAAUGAGUGCCCUAGAAGAACAUAACAAUAGUUUGCUUCACAAAGAGGCACUUCGUCUGCAAAUGGCCUCCAAGGAUAAAAUUGUUGCUGAUAAACCCAUUCACGUGAAAGCAGCAGUUAUGUCCAAAACAGCUGGGUCAAUCAUUGAAGCUGCGUUGAAAAGGGACCCUAAUGAGAUUGAAUUUAUACAAUCAGUGCAAGAAGUUGUCCAUGCUCUGGACAGGGUGAUUGCAAAAAACUCCAACUAUGUCAAUGUCAUAGAACGCUUGAUAGAACCUGAGCGAAUGGUUCUUUUCCGAGUUCCUUGGAUGGAUGACAGGGGUGAGACACAUGUCAAUCGGGGUUUUAGGGUACAGUUUAACCAGGCAUUAGGUCCAUGUAGAGGUGGUAUGCGUUUCCAUCCAUCAAUGAACCUCAGUGUUGCUAAGUUUCUAGGUGUUGAACAGACCUUUAAGAAUGCCUUAUCACCUUACAAAUUAGGAGGAGCAGCUGGUGGAAGUGAUUUCGACCCCAAAGGAAAAAGUGAUAAUGAGGUUAUGCGAUUUUGCCAAAGUUUUAUGAAUGAGAUUUACAGAUAUCUAGGGCCUGAAAAGGAUCUCCCUUCAGAGGAAAUGGGUGUUGGUACCCGAGAGAUGGGGUAUUUAUUCGGGCAAUACAGACGUUUAGCUGGUCAUUUUCAGGGAAGUUUUUCAGGGCCAAGAAUAUUUUGGUCUGGCUCGAGUCUUCGAACUGAAGCGACUGGUUAUGGUCUGGUUUUCUUUGCCCAACUCAUACUCGCAGAUAUGAAUAAAGAGUUAAAAGGACUAAGGUGUGCUGUAAGUGGUUCUGGCAAGAUUGCCUUGCAUGUCCUAGAAAAGCUUAUUGCUUAUGGCGCUCAUCCAAUUACUGUAUCAGACUCGAAAGGAUAUUUGGUCGAUGAGGACGGAUUUGAUUACAUGAAGAUAUCUUUUCUGAGAGAUAUCAAAGCCCAGCAAAGAAGUUUGAGAGAUUACUCAAAAACAUAUGCUCGAUCAAAGUACUAUGACGAAGCAAAACCCUGGAAUGAAGGAUGUGAUGUUGCAUUCCCUUGUGCUUUCCAGAAUGAAAUUGAUCAGUCGGACGCCAUGAAUCUUGUUAAUUCUGGCUGUCGGAUACUAGUAGAAGGUUCAAACAUGCCAUGCACAUCUGAAGCAAUUGAAGUUUUGAGAAAAGCCAAUGUUCUCAUUGCUCCUGCUAUGGCAGCUGGUGCUGGAGGGGUUGUUGCUGGAGAGCUGGAAUUGAACCACGAGUGCAAUUUGAUGAACUGGUCUCCUGAAGAUUUUGAAUCGAAGUUGCAGGAAGCAAUGAAACAAAUAUACCAAAGGGCACUCAAAGCAGCGAAUGAUUUUGGCUAUCAGAAAGAGAGCCCCGAGGCUUUGGUUCAUGGGUCUGUGAUUUCUUCAUUUCUGGCUAUUGCUCAAGCUAUGACUGACCAAGGAUGCGUAUAGAUGACGGCCAACAAGUAACUAAUGAUUUACCUUACCUCCUGCCAAAGUUGGUAUAUACUCGUCAAAGAGCUAACCGACUGUUGUUUCUCCAUGGUGAAAGCUCAAUCACCAUUUGCAGCCAUGUGCGAGGCUAAGGUUUAUGGUGAGAAGAAUGAAGGCGAUUCUUCCUGCUAGUUGUAACAUAACUUAUAACAUGACCCACCAAAGAUCUCAAAAGGGGGUCAAAUGUUGGAAUAUAUUAAUAGAAUGGUGUAAAGAAAAAUAUGGGUUAGUUGUAGGGAGUAGGUAGGAACCUUAUGGACAGGAACUGUGUAUUUUAUGUUGAAUUCUUGUCACAUAUGAGAUUAUGUGACUUGGAAAUAGAAUUUCAUAAUUUACGGCUGGAAUUUCUCUUCCAUUUUACACAUGCAAUAUCUGCCUUCUGUCAUUAUUUCCGUAGUACUUGGGUUAAUUCGCAGCCGUUUAUCACUUUACUUGGACCAGUUUCUCUUUACUCGUCGAAUGGCAAAGCCAGCCUCGAAAUUUCAUAAGUUUUUAUCGGGUAAAUGCCUCAUUUGGUAAGUUAGAGUACUAAAUCAUGUUAUAUUUA